AUGGAAACUGAGUUUGUCACAGAUCGACUGGUAACUCGUCAUGGCUAUAAUAUGAGCGUUGAGUCUGUAUGGAUGCCUGAAGAAUGUGUUUGUCCCCACAAGGGAACGAAGGUGAUGCAAAAUCAAGGCAGUAUACAGAUGGAUAUACCGCCGCACUGUAGGCUAAUGUACUGUAAGUGGGAUGUGCCGAAUUCCUACUAUGCAUCGCAGUUCACAUCAAUGUUCAAUUUCACAUCGGAAUUUGAUACUUUGACGGUAGUCACGGGAACUGAUGUGAGACGGUAAGU